CGAGGGUCUCCGUCCCGCCUUCGCUCGAGCACCACACGCAGCUGCAGCUUACCUCAGCCGCCGGCGGGCAGGGCUGCUGCGGCUCGCGCAGACGCUCCCCCGCCGUCCCCACCUGCCCCCUUCCGCCUCGGCUAGAGCCUACAGCGCCCCUCUCGCCCUGACGGCCCAACCGAGCCGGUUAUAAACACAGCCGUCCGCCGCCACCCUUCCUAUAUCCCAGACUCUCUCUCUCUCUCUCUCAGGCACAUUCCCCUGGCUGGACCCGCGCUAGCUCGCGGCCGCGGCAGCUAGAUAGUAGUAGCUCUCCAGCCCAUAGCUUAGGUCGGUCGCCUUGUUUCGUAGGGUCUGGUUCGGCCGUUGGUCGAUAAGUCGGCGGGCGAUGGGGGAAGCGCCGCAGCCCAAGUCGCCGCCGAGGUACCCGGACCUGUGCGGCCGCCGCCGCCUGCAGCUCGAGGUGCAGAUCCUCAACCGGGAGGUCGGCUUCCUCGAGCGUCAACGAGUUUGUCAGUGCAAAGACCGACCCAAUGAUACCAGUGUAUGAAUUCUUAACUUGAUUCUCUCAUGCCAGGCCAGCAGAACCAUGGCCCAUGGUUCCCCUUAUCAGUGUCUCUUUCUCUCUCUCUCUUUUUUGGCUGACUUUGCUGCUUGCAGAAGCAAAAGGAGACAUGGAUCUUGCAGCUUCUCGCGGUGGAUCAGAUCAAAAUUGCGCACAUGCUUUUCAUGCCUGUGCUGCUGGUGCCACUGCUUGCCGAAGCCCAAUGCGCCAAGCUGCUUCAGCUGUUCUUGUUGCACCUGCCGCGACACGCAGUGCUGUACUCCGAUCUGCCGCUGUUCAAAGACCCCUUCGUGCAGCCCCGGCUGCUGCACCUGCAGCCUUCCCAGCUGCAGCUGCAAGACGCCACCAGGCUGCGGCCAUUGCCGACCCCAGUGCAGCAGCUGCUGCUCUAGUGGUUGCAGCUGCGCGGACUGCCCGUGCUCCUGCUCCUGCCCCCCGUGCUGCAGCUGCCCCGGCUUCUUCUCCUGUGAGGGGUGCUCGGCUGGCUGCCUCGGCGCUCUCAACCGGUGUCUCGGCGGCCUGUCGUCGUGCUGCAGUGAGAUGCGACCUUCCUGCUGCAAGUGCCAGUCGUCGUGCUGCGAGGGGGGUUCGUCCUGCCGCGGCACCGGCACGGGAGCGUGCUGCCGCGGUUCGUGCCUCGGUGCCCCGGCGUCGUCGUGCCCGGAGUGCUCCUGCGGCUGCGUGUGCUCCUGCUCCAGGUGCAAAGGAGGAUGCCGCUGCCCGUCCUGUGGUAGUAAUCCCUGCUGUCCCGGUGGAUGCUUGUGCUAGAUCAGAGUAUUAUAUUACUACUAGCUAGUGUGUCUGUUGCUCUUCUUUUCCUGUUGUGGAUGAUUUGGCGUUUGAUUUGGAUGGAACCUCGCUAGUGCAUAAUAUUCACUGUCAUGAAUUAACUUUGA